CGGGCCAGCGGGCCUGCUGGUAGCUAAACUAACCACCUCGUUCAUUUCCUCUCGCCUGUCGUCUUUCUCUACACUCGUCUGCUGCAUCUCAGAUCUCGCGGGCACCAACAAACCAAAGCUCUCCCUCCCGCUGUCCCGAUCACUCUCCCUUCCAGGAAGCUUGGACCGAAGGAAGGAGCUGAGAGGAGCCCAUGGGGGAAUUCUCCAAGGAAUCUUGCCCUUCUGUGAAGAACAUUUUGCUAUUGGAUUCUGAGGGGAAGCGUGUUGCUGUGAAGUACUUCUCGGAUGAUUGGCCAAAUAACGCAUCUAGGUUGACCUUUGAAAAGUCCAUUUUUACUAAAACUCUGAAGACAAAUGCACGCUCCGAAGCUGAGAUAACAUUGCUUGAUGGUUAUAUUGUUGUUUACAAAUUUGUACAAGACCUACACUUUUUCGUCACUGCCGGAGAUGAUGAGAAUGAGCUCAUCAUAGCAAAUGUGCUACAGGGUUUUGCUGAUUCGGUUGGUCUUCUACUCAGGGGUGAUGUCGAGAAGAGGACUGCACUUGAGAACUUGGACUUGAUACUUCUCUGCAUUGAUGAGAUUAUUGAUGGCGGCAUAAUUCUUGAAACAGAUGCGAACACCAUUGCGGGGAAGGUUGCAACCAAUGCUGCUGACGGCUCUGUUCCCUUCUCUGAGCAGACAAUAUCUCAAGCUCUGGCCACAGCCAGGGAACACUUUGCAAGAUCUCUUCUGAAAUGAGAAGCCGCCGUUUCUUCUUUCACCCCUGUGUGUUCGAGGUUGGGCUACUAUGCUAGGCCUGGUAGCGGUCACUUAACCAAAAGCGCAACUGUGGCAGACAGAUGUGUCUGGAUUAUUCUUAAAUGCUAUGUAAUACCAUUUUCUUGUUAAAUGCAUGCUGUGUAUCUUACAUUUUCUGGAGGUAUAGAGAAAUAAUUUUUGAAGUUGAUCCAAUUUCUGCGAACUAA